AUGUGCAGUUACUUCCUUCGGUUUCAAACAGGCUUCAAGAUAAAGCCAGGACCACGCCUCCAAAAAGGUCGGUUACGCCGAAACACCCACAAGACCAGAUACAACGAAGGCAAAUCCUGCGUUCGAUGUACUGCGAGAUGGGUGCUGCGGUAUCAGCUGCUGCUCAUCGACCUGGAAUAUCGGUCGACAGACGGACAACUCGUCUGGACGGAUGCACAGGAAAAUGGUUGUAAAAGCGCCGUCUUAUCGAUUUCACGCCGAUCCCGCUCCAGCCGAGAUAAUCAUUCCACAAACGUCCUUCUUUUGGCCAGAGUAUCGGCAACCAUCUGCAAAUGCCUGCAAAAGAGGGUCUAUGCAGCAUGUUCUGUACAACAAGCCAACCAGCCAUGUCUCAGGUUGUCGAUUGAAGCAGGAGUUCCCAGACUGAAGCGUAACCUGGGUCCUACACACGGUGUAUUUCAUUUUCGCUUGCUGACUCAAAGUCAAGAACAGGCUUGGUUUGACAAGUCCGCUCUGGAUCCCCUCUCGACACUGCUGGACAUGAGCCAGAGUUGCGUCAUCACCCGGCAACGUCCUCGCUUGUCUAUGUCGUCUCGCUUUUCACUCGCUGUCGAAGACAUCUGGUCCGGUGCGCUUGACAAACGGUGCCAAGUAGUAAGCACCAAACAGAACGUCCAAAAACCUUGCACUCGUUUCUUUUUGUCACCUCGCUCCUUGUUGGACCCAACUCAUCAUUGGCAUAUCAUGACCCGUGAACACCAAAUGCCACUCCCUUACCCCAACCCUUCUCUCAGCCAAAUGUCUUCGUUGCAAGGAACGAACCCUAUCACGCCUCCUCCCAUGAUGCCGAAUCGGCACAGGGUCAGCGGCUCGCGCCAAAAGGUCCUCAUACUUUCGCUGUUGGUGGGCCUCUUGUUUUCCAGCCUUGAUACAUCUAUUGUAGCCACAUCUCUGGUUACUAUAUCACACGAACUGAACGAUUUUGUCAAUGCGCCGUGGAUUGUUCUUGCCUAUCUUUUAACGUAUAUGGGGUUUGCGGUUUGCAUUUCAAAGCUCAGCGAUAUAUACGGCCGACGAAACAUGUUGAUCCUAUCUUGGGUUAUUUUCAUCGGCUUUUCCAUGGGAUGUGCAUCGUCGAAAAGUAUGAUUGCAUUAAUCGUGUGUCGUGCCUUUCAAGGAAUCGGGGCAUCUGGUCUCUACAGUCUCACUCAAAUUGGACUCGUCGAAGUUGGGCCUCUACAUCGACCGAGCCUGAUUGGUGCCAUGAUUGGCGCCACUCUUGCGACAGCCUUUGUUAUUGGGCCUCUAGUCGGCGGCUUAAUAUCUGAGUUGUCAGACUGGAGGUGGUUAUUCAACAUGAAUAUCCCUUGCGGUCUCAUCACAAUCCUGGCAAUCGCCAGUUCCUGGCCAACGGAAGAUGUAGCAGACCUUCUCUCAUGGACUGCGUUUCGAAGCAUAGACUUCCUUGGCGGUGCCACGCUGCUGUGCAGCUCUGGGUUCGUUUUGUUUGCCAUGCAACAAGCAGGAUCCCAGACGUUGGCGUGGAGUAGUCCUGAGAUCAUUGUCAGUUUCAUUGUUGCUUUCUUGUCUCUCAUUUUGUUUGUUGCCUGGGAAAUGCAUCUGGCAGGUAAACGACACCGCCAUGUAGAGCCCAUCUUUCCCAUUCAGCUAAUGACGAAACGCGUCUAUGCUGCUGGACUGCUGGUCACCUUGUUGACUGGGUUUCCAUACAUUUGCUUUUCCAUCAUCUUGCCUGAGCGAUUCCAAAUGGUUAAUAACCAGGAACCUCUUAUGGCCGGCGUUCGCAUUCUUCCCAUGUUGAGUGCUUGCGCAUUUGGAUCUUUUCUCGGGGGAGCUAUCUCUGGCAAACGCAACAACACAUCAUACACGCUUGUCGGUGCUUCAUGCCUCCAGUUGGUAGGUGUAGGACUGAUGACCACAGUGUCCGGCGACUCCGAGAAGGCUGCUGCUCAGUAUGGGUUCCAAGUGAUUUUCGGGUUAGGGGUUGGGCUGUCAUUCUCUGCGGCCACAAUCAUGACAAACAUCUUGGCAACGGAAUCAAACGAGAGAGCCUCGGCUCAGGGCGCAGUUGCCCAGGCAAGGGUUCUCGGCGGAUGCAUCGGCUUGUCGCUGUGCACAAUAUUAUUCAACAUACAUGCAAACAAGCAUCUUCGGGGACGCUUGACAGAAGAAGAACUAGACAUGCUCCAUCGGUCGCCAUUGUCGGGGCUGCAACUGCCUGAAAAGUUGAGAGAGCUUGUGAGACAAGUAUACAUUGGUGCCUUUGGGAAAGAGAUUGAGGUGAUUGGUCUAUGCUGCGCGGUCAUGGUGGUUAUUUCCCUCUUCACCUUGGAGAAGAAGCCUGCACCUAUCCAGCCGGUUGCAGCCCAGGUCAAGGACGAAACGUCUUCAUAUCGCAGGGGAAGUGACUCUGGGACUGAAUUGAACGAUGUCGUAAAUGUCCAGCACACACGACCCAAGGAUGGAGUACUAUGUCUGCGACAUGAGUUUGAACAACUGGAAGGCUUUCUCUCCCCAUGCGGUUUGAAUCAUCAUGCCUCUUUUCUUGCCUUUUAUCUUUCGCAAGCAUCUAGUCCUUUUCCGAGAGGUGCGGAGAAUUUUCUUAUCAACCGUUUAUGA